UAGACUUAUUUGUACUAUUCUGCAGUGAAUAUCAUGUGAUGAAAUAUGCAACUACGAAUGACUGUUUUUCCAUAAAUUUUUAGUAUUCUUUUCCCUUGUGUAUUUUAAAAGAUUUUCAACCAUGUCUAAAGCACCUGCAAAAAUGAAGAAAAAGGUGCUGUUAAUGGGCAAAAGUGGAUCUGGAAAAACCAGUAUGAGGUCAAUCAUUUUUGCAAAUUAUAUUGCUAGGGAUACAAGAAGACUUGGAGCAACAAUUGAUGUGGAACAUUCACAUGUGCGCUUUCUUGGGAAUCUUGUGUUAAAUCUAUGGGACUGUGGAGGACAAGAGGCUUUCAUGGAGAAUUACUUUGCCAGUCAAAGAGACAACAUUUUUCGGAAUGUUGAGGUCCUGAUUUACGUGUUUGAUGUAGAGAGUCGUGAACUGGAGAAGGACAUGCAUUACUAUCAGUCUUGUCUGGAGGCCAUUCUACAGAACUCACCCGACGCCAAAGUCUUCUGUCUGGUCCACAAAAUGGACCUUGUACAAGAUGACCAAAGAGAUAUGAUAUUCAGAGAAAGAGAGGAGGACUUGAAGAGAUUAUCUAAGCCCUUGGACUGUACAUGUUUUGCUACCUCUAUCUGGGAUGAGACCCUAUAUAAGGCUUGGUCUAGCAUUGUGUAUCAGCUAAUCCCUAAUGUUCAGCAGUUAGAGGCAAAUUUAACCAAUUUCGCAAACAUUAUUGAAGCAGAUGAAGUUCUACUGUUUGAAAGGGCAACUUUUUUAGUAAUUUCCCACUGUGAAAGGAAACACCACCCAGACAUCCACAGAUUCGAGAAGAUCAGUAACAUCAUUAAACAGUUUAAACUGAGCUGUAGUAAGUUAGCAGCCACUUUUCAAGGAAUGGAAGUCAGCAACAAGAACUUCUCCGCAUUUAUUGACGUCUUCACAUCCAACACUUACGUAAUGGUCGUCAUGUCUGAUCCCACAAUACCCUCAGCAGCAACUCUGAUCAAUAUCAAGAACGCCAGAAAACAUUUUGAGAAAUUGGAAAGGGUGGAUUCCGGACAUUCUUCCAUUGCGUCACGAUAGGACUCCAUUGAUUGGUCUUCUACAAAGAAUAGCUGAUCAUCCGUUAUUCAGUGCCAAGUUUUCAGCUUCAAUCCUUCUGUGUUGACACUCGUUGAUUCAGCUGCUAAAUAUUAAAACACAUUGAGUCAACUGCUAACGAUUAUACAGUUUCUGUCAGCAUUAUGUCAACUGUUGAGCGCGCUAUUUACUCAUGUCAUUUGUUUAUUGAUGCAAUCCAAGUGCUAGGUUUCUUUUUAUUUACUGAUAAUUUAAUGUAUGAAAUAAAUUUUACUGUUAUUAAUUUGUGUUCAUGUGUUAAAGAAUGUAUGGGAGUGAGUGAAUGCCACAAAUAAGUAAAUGGACACAUACCUUGUUGUCAAAAAUGUCUUCUUUUGCUGAAAGUAAAUACAUUAAUAUCAA